ACUGUACAGUAUAAUAUUUGUAAACCCUAAUGACUUGAGUUUCAUGCUUGCACCAAGCAAGUAACCUAGAGCCUUUGGAAAUAUAUAAGUGUCAUUAUUGAAUUAUUUAUAUUACUUCCCUAUUAUAAAAAUGUCUGGAUAACUGUAUUAUAGCAUCUGAAGUGUGUGCAAUGCUCUGCAUUGUGUGCAGUAGUAUACUGUAAUUUAGGUGCAAUGUUUUGGGUCAAUCUUAAAGCUUCAGUGCGAUUGGUCAGUGAAGGACCACGUGACUAGGUAGUCACGCGCUUUCCAAGGAACCCGUCAGGAAGAAGAAAAACAAAACAAACGCAAGAGAAAGGCAGCGUGGACUCCAUUGAAAUUGCUUUGUUAUUGCUCAGAUAGGAAUAAACACGAAGCGAAACACGACACAAAACGUUCAUAUGGGGUUUCUAAAGACACCAGGCAUCAGACGAGAACUAGACUUCCAUGAGUUCACAGAGUUUUCCACAAUAAAGAAGACUCUUUUUGUUACUUAACUCAUAGAUUUUUCUACUGUCGGUUGACAUCAUCCGAAGACGACUGGGACACGAGUUCGGAGGAAAAAUUCCCAAUAAGGAACAGAGAUUGGUGCUCGGCGAUGCCUCAGCCCGGCAUCAGUGGAAUGGAUCUUCCCUUUGGGGAUUUCUUUCAAAAUUAUACUUUUGCUGAUCAGGCGCUGACCAGCACGGACCUGUUGGCGAGUAACACAGACCCAGACUUCAUGUACGAACUGGACAGAGAAAUGACUGCUUGCCUAAGUCCUAGAGUUGAUCACUUCACGGUGGGGGACUGCAAGGAGAUGGAGUGUGGGGAGCACCUCAUGGAGCUGGUGGACAGCGACCCGGCCUACAGCUCGAACUUUGAGCAGUGGGAUACGUACUGGGAGGACCUGACCAAGUACACCCGUUUCACCAGCUGUGACAUCUGGGGCACCAAGGAGGCAGGCCUGGAUGACUUCUCCAGCCCUUACCAAGACGAGGAGGUGAUUGCCCGGACCCCCACCUUGGCUCAGCUCAACAGCGAGGACUCACAGCCCCCUGUGUGUGACACACUCUACCACCCUGAUCUGCUGAUAGGGGGCCAGAAGCAGCACACCUCCCUCCACCCACUCUCCCUGAGCAAGAAGACAGCCGCCCGCCCGGGCCCCUCCUCUUCCUGCUCCAACCUGGUCAAGAACCCCCUGGGCGACUUUGCCAAGGGUUCCCAGAAGGCCACCUGGCCUGUCCCCUCCAGCACAGAGACAAUGUCCAAGGCCCAGGGAACCAGCAAGAUGGCCACCCUGGGCUACCACUGCAAUGACUACGUGCGCAAGGCAAAGGUUCGCAUCAGCAUGCCCCACCGGCCCCUAGUCGACAUGCCCAUGGCCUCCCAUCAGGUUGAGGCUGAAAACCACUUCACAUACAGCAGCAAGCCCCCAGAGCUGGCCACCACAUCUGGCUGUGCUGCCCCCGUGGCUGCUCCUGCUACUGCAGCCUCCGCCUCUGCCUCCGCCAGCACCCUGGCCUAUGAGAAGACGGUAGAGCUGCCUCGCCGGGAGAUGCCACCCGCCUCAGUGGGCACGUCUGGAGCUGUGCCCCCUAUGCUACACUACCCUGUAGCUGGGGCUGGGGCCAGUGAGACCCUGGUGACUGCCAGUGGGACUGACCCAGUCUCUGACAAGAAGAAGGAGGAGGAGCACAACUACUCCCUGUUCCUAACCCGAGCCAGGCUGGCUGGGAAAGCCCUCACUGAGGAGGAGGAGGAGGAGGAGGAAGAGGAGGAGGAGGAGGAAGAGGAGGAGGUGGGGGAGGACGAAGAGGAUGCUGAGGGGGUGGAGCUGGAUGAAGAUCUCGAUGAAGAUCAUGAUGAGGGUUUUGGCAGUGAGCAUGAGCUCUCUGAGAAUGAUGAUGAGGAAGAUGAGGAGGACGAUGAUUAUGAGGGGGAUAAAGAUGAUGACAUGAGCGACGCCUUCUCCGAGCCAGGUAGCCAUAUAUCAGGAUGUGACAAUGACGCGGUGGAGGACGUGAAGGGGCUGACGGCAGGGAUCUCCAGGAAGAGGGGCAAGCGCCGCUACUUCUGGGAGUACAGCGAGCAGCUCACCCCCUCCAAGCAGGAAUGCUUGCUCAAGCCCUCUGAGUGGGACAGGGAGACCCUGCCCAGCAACAUGUACCAGAGGAAUGGCCCACACCACGGGAAGUACACUCUGAAGAAGUCUCGGCGGACAGAUGUGGAGGACUUGACCCCUAACCCUCGCAAGCUGCUGCAGAUCGGGAACGAGCUGCGUAAGCUCAACAAAGUGAUCAGUGAUCUGACCCCGGUCAGCGAGCUGCCCCUCACAGCCCGCCCACGCUCCCGCAAGGAGAAGAACAAACUGGCGUCCAGGGCCUGUCGGCUGAAGAAGAAAGCUCAGUAUGAGGCCAACAAAGUCAAGCUGUGGGGUCUGGGCACAGAAUACGAUCGGCUUCUGUUUGUCAUCAACACCAUAAAGGAAGAGAUAGUGAACAGAGUGCAGGAUAUCUGCGACGACAAGGGAACUAGCAUGACUGAAACUCUGGACAAACUCAUCCAAGAGACCCUUGUGAAGUCACCAGUUGCCGGGCAGACGUCUGACUUUGUUAACCAGAUCCUAGAGAACACUGGCAAGGGGGAUCCCACUGGAGGACUGGUCGGGCUGCGCGUACCCACGUCUAGAGUGUAGAUGGACCAUGUAGAGGUUUGGUGAUGGCAUACUCAAAGCCAUCCGCGCCAUUCUAGUCCCACACUGUAACGGCUCACCCUCUGCAUGACCAUUCCAUCCAGGAAUCGCAUCACCAUGCCCUGUGGGAAGACAUACAUACCACGCUCCGUAUGUAUGUCUUCACACUGUGAGCAUGCGCUGAAAUGAAACUUAGUAUCUAUCUCUGCACUAGUAGUCUGUUACUCGCCAUUUGUGCACAUGGCUAGUGCACGUGGCUAGUGUCUUUAGGGCCGCAGUGUUUGCGAAUUCAAAGCCAAUAUAUGAAAAAUACCUCCCGAAAUGUUUGUUGGAAGAAAAAAAAAAUCAAGCAAAACAGAAUGAUUAUCAGUUCUAGCUGUAGCCAUUUCCUGUAGCGUUCAAACGACCCGUUUCAUGCCUGCGUACCUGGGUGGGAAAGGCAACACAGGAUGCCGUUAUAAUUAGAGUGAGACGACGGGACGGCACGAGAUAUUUGCUAUUGAAACCUAAAUAGUAACUUGUCAAUCCCAUGUCCUUGUCACCUUUUACUGAACUGUGCUUCUCAGAUGAAAGAAAAAACUUAAAACAGCCACUGGGUAUUCCAUAGUGUCUACUGUUGUAAAGGUAUAGGGAACGCUUCAUACCUGUUGUCUGCUUUCCCAUUCUAGCACCGUGGCAUUCACAUAGGAGGAGAUGAUGUUACCCAAUACUCUCAACCUGCCAACCACAUUAUAAGGCAACAAAAACACACACACACCUGAAUUACUACUAACAUUAAGAAAGUCUACUUUGACAGAAUGACGCUAAAAAUAAGUAGAAGUUGGGGGAGAUACACAGGAAUGCAGUGAAAGGUUGUUUUGCGAUUUGGCCUGAUUUUUCAAUUCCAUUGUCCUGUGUUUUUGCAGUUGAGAAGAUAUUUCAAAUAGACUUGAGCAGAAGGCCACUAUAUUCCCAUCCUUUGCAUGGGAAAAUUCUUAGUCAUCUGACUAUAAGCUAGAUGAUGUGAUCAUAACAAACCAUUUCCUCUAUAUACCCUUUGGUUGAAGCGUCUUCAAAUGAAAACGCCAUUGGCUUCUUGCAAAGUAGGGAUGAGAGGGCUAAUAGUUUGAAGUUCCUUAGUUUGGUGUGUUCAUAUUUGUAUUUAAUAACAGUACUGUUCAUUGUGCCUUGUAUUUAAAGUGAGAUGAUUACACAAGUGGUUGAAGGAUAGUGGACCAUUUUACACUGAGGGAGAGCAGAACAUGGUGCAGGGAAGGUCAAGAGGUUUGUUAUGUAUUUCUGCUCUUUCAAGCUAUUCUGAAUGUACAUAUGAACAUGGAACAUGUAGAUAUAUGCCACAGAGUCUGUGCAUUGUAUUAUAAGAUGGCUCUGACAAAAAUGUACUUUGGUUAUCGGUACUUGGACUUUGGGGCAGGGGAAUGGGAAUGGGAGGGUUAAAAAGGAUAUUCGUAUAGAAUUUAAAAAAAAUAUUUGCACACUAUAUUUUGAUUGCUUUUUGUACCAAAGACACAUGCAACGAAAACGGCGACUAGCCAGAUAAAGUAAGGUUUUGCACAGCUUACCUGACACCGUAUUGAAUGUAGGAAAUGUGGUAGGGUCAGGGAUUUUCAUUGAACUGUGAAAUUUGCUUGGGUCCAAUUACGUACUGAAAGAAGCAUUCAUUAACUUUUUCUAAACGUCUCUUGUCAGUUGGCUUCUCAAGUAGAUUAGUUGCUUUAAAAACAUUUGAUAGAUUCCAGACGUUACAUGUAAUACUUCCACUUCUAUUGUGCUUUGGCACGAAGUAGAAAAGAGAUGGAGAACAAUUGCAUAAUACAAUUUUAUUUUGACUGUUUGUCAAAACGUCACAAAUAACCAAAAGGUAUAUCACUUCUAUAAUUUAUGUAGGUGAGACGAAUACACAUACAUAUAUGUCAUAUUAAGUGUUGCCUAUUUAUAGUAAUGUCCAUUCAUGCAUACACAUAUCUAUCUAUUGUGAAUUGCCACUUUUUUUUUCAAAUUGAUACGUUAAUAAGCAUGACACAUUUCUAAGGCCUAUCCUCACAUUCAGAGAAACUUUGAAAAAAAAAAAAAUGGAAUGAAAAAACAAACAUUUUUGUACUAUUUGCCUUUUUCUGUUGGUGCGCAUGUAUGUCAUUUGAGAGAUGUUCAGAGAAAUACAUUUCUGGAUGGUGACUGCAUGAGAUAGGGUGGGGUUUCUGGAUGGAGACUCUGCAUGAGAUAGGGUGGGGUUUCUGGAUGGAGACUCUGCAUGAGAUAGGGUGGGGUUUCUGGAUGGAGACUGCAUGAGAUAGGGUGGGGUUUCUGGAUGGAGACUCUGCAUGAGAUAGGGUGGGGUUUCUGGAUGGUGACUCUGCAUGAGAUAGGGUAUGGUUUCUGGAUGGUGACUGGGAGGGGUUCCUCCUGUUUUUUGUGAUCUUUGUGAAGAGGCUCUAGUUUUUUAGGGGUUGUUCUGAAAGUAAGGGAUUGAAUAUCAUGGAUAUCAUUCUGGUUUCUUUGUGCCCUCCGCCUCAGUUCUUGACACAAGCUCCUCUGUUGCGCUGAGUCAUGGGGAAGAUUGAUAGAAAAUGAAUGGAUGAUAAGUCUCAAUUGAAUACUUGCAAUUGUAGUCUUAACCUGUAUUACAAUCUCAGGCCAGAGGAAAUGAGACGAGCAGCUUAUGGAGAGGUCUAGCGUCUCUGCUGUAACUUGUCAAUGUUGUCCAUUUGAAACACUAGGUUUGCUCAUUUCAAGAGAACAAGGAGACUUGAGGCUGAAUUCAAUUAAACCGGCACAGCUGAAAAUCCUCACUGCGGAAAAGUAACACUGUCCUUAUUCUGAGAAAGGGCCUGUUUUAAUUGAAAAUGUUUUCUUUUAUCUAGUAAACAUUUUCUUAUUUCAGUACUGAAGAUAUCUGAACAUGCCUUUUGUUUGCUGUAGAAAAACAGUGUUAUUGUUCUGCAAAGCAGGUUUCCGCACUGCAUGCCAUACUCCAACUAUUUUUGAUUGAAUUAAAAAGGGGAAAAAUACACUUUCUCUGAAACUAGAAUGAUAUGUUUGAUAAGAUAUCUUAUUCUACUUACUUUGUUAGUGUAGUAAAUAUUCUCUAUAUACCGUCCAUGGUUUGUUUUUGUAGUGUUUCAUUUUGUAAAUGGAUUUAUCUUCUAAAUAUUAUAUUUGUAUAGUAUAUUCUAUAUUACAUGUAUGAAAAAGAAAGCACUUUGUUCAAAAAAAAAACAAAAAAAAAAAGUAUGAAGAAAAGCAUUUUUCCUUCCAUUUGCUGCUAAGCCGACCUUGUUUGAAUGCUGCAGUGAGUACUUGACUUCUGUAUCCUGACCAGAACAGUGUGUUGGGGAGGUCUUAAGAGGGCAAUCAACCUUUGAUUACAAUGCCCCUAUGUUCUGAAUGACUCUACCGUCAUGAAUUCAUUUGCCUUCAGUAGAGAUUUCCUAUGGAAAAACAAAUUCUGCUUUGGGUUUUUCUUCAGGUUGAUGUACAGUGUAGACACAUUUAUUCUGGGCGUUUGCCAGAGAGUUAUAUUGUUAUAAUUUUAAAAGUAAUUUGUACUUGUAACUUGUACUUAAUGGGGAGGGGGAGACUGAGGUACUCACAACAGCCCACAUUCUUUUGUGAGUACCUCAGAAGGAAAACUAUAUCACUGUACUGUAUGGCAAGUAAUUUGCAGUGGAGAUUUAAUCCGGGAUACUUUUUGCCUUCUCAAACACCCAUCCAUUCACUUAAGAUGGCCAAUAGUGGGUUCAAUUGCAAAGCGGUGUUGCUAUGGCAACCGAUCUCGGCCAAUAUUGUACUGUCUACAAUCAAGACCUUCAACCUGGUGAUAUGCUCAAAUCAACGAUGGCCUCUCCAUUGGGAUCACUGAUGGCAAGUGAGGUUGAGCUAGGGGAAUUAAUGUUGUGUAAGAAGCUAGUGGAACAUAGUGUUGUGAGGCUGAUUCCAGCAUCGGGUGUGUGUGUCCACGCAGGUUUUCACAUUUAACAUGAUGGGCGCAAGCUGUGCAACUUUACAUUCUAACCAGGAGACUCUGUGGCAUUUUAACAGUCAAGGAAGUGGUUGACAUUCAAAGCCAGUAACUAUUCCUUCUGCUCUAUUGACAUCAAACAUAUAAACAGAUAAUAGAUUGUGUAAUUAUGUGCUAGUCUCGUCUGAUAAUUGAAUCCAUAAUGGUCUCUUCUGCAGCGAAUCAGGGUAACUACCAUUCUUCUAAUAGAAUAGUAAAUCAAAGGAAAAUAUAUUUAUGUAUUCCAGUUAACGUUGCGAUUUUUUUAUUUCUGCAGUUCAAUAACUCUGUGUGCGUUAAUAGAGAUUCAAUGUAAAACAAAAUGGUGCGAUGCUCUCUACAGGAUAAGAAUAGACAAAGGCCAAUGGAUUUGUAAGUAUAAAUAUUUUACCUAGAUUAGUUUUUCUUUAUACUCUAACAAAUUUAAACGUACAAACUUUUUUUUUAAUUAUUAUUCAAAAGGGAAAUAAAUGAUAUUUCUAGUUUUGAUCCAACCUCUGUUUUACUGUGCUGCUGCUCAUGUAUGGGUUGGUUAUUCAUGGAUUAUAUUGUAUUAAAAAGAUGAUAGUUCAUUAUACAUUACAUAUGUCUAUGCUUAACAGAUCUUUUUUUUAACUUUUUAACAAAUUAUUAACGCUUUGAUCACAUUUGAGUUAACCUUAUGCUAUAGUCUUAGACCUUGUGGAUAGAUGUCUAAUGGUAGCAUUACCAAACCGCUGGAUCACAAUGAGACCGAUCUCGAUUUAUUCCAAUUCUCCCAAAUGGCUACAGUAGACUCUAGAGGAGGCGGCAAGCGUAUUUGUCCUCUUUCUUUCAAUUCCUGAUAUGAUUUUGGCUUGCUUUGUUAUGUAGUUGUUUGUAGUGUAUGUGAUGACAAUGUUCUUAAAUUGUGCACUAUGCAUGUCUUACUUGUUUUUGGGUAAGACAGUGUGUUGCUUUAGUUUUCAGCUGUCUCGUGUCUGAGCAGAGCAUUUUCAUUGACUUUAUACAAAGACUCUUACCCUGUCUCCAUAACCCUAUGGAGGUGUUCCUAGUGGUGAUAGGCAGGUGGGGAAUGAGUGGAGCUAUUUCCUCUGACAAUGGAGGAGCCACGCAUGUGUAACGGAGAAAGACCUGUCUAAUAACUGCUAGAUGAGUAUGUUCCUUUCCAUCUUAUCUAACCAGUUGAAUGCUUUGUUUUUUGCUUUAAACUGUCAUUCAAAGGACCUGCAUUCUGCCAUUUAUUUAUUUAUAUGUGUGUAUGUAUAUAUAUAUAUAUACCUUUUCCCCUACACCCAUAGUAUCUAUAGAAAUUGAGAACUUAAAGUAUUAACACUUGUAUAGCUGAUUUGUCAUGGGCUGUAUAUUGCGUAUAUCACUGCUUCAAUGCUUAAAGGGGCGGGCACUCAGCAGUUGCUACCUUUUAUAAAUUAAUGAUACGUAUCCUUUGUUUCUUAAAGAAUAUAUCUUAUAAAAAUGCCUCAUGAGGUAAGUUCAACUGUCGUAACCCAUCGGAAGCCAAAAUAUACGCAUUUUUGUUACUCCAAUGUUUGUAAACAAACACUGUUUUUAGCCUAAAAACAUGGUUAAAACUAUAUUUUUUAUAUAAUGGAUGGUCAGUCCUUGCAUCCAUAGCUCUUUGAAUUUGAGAGUGCUUACUAGUGCUCAGCGAUUAACCUACGUUUUGGUAUUUUUUUGUUAUUAAACAACUAAUUGUUAUUAAACAACUAAUUGACCGACGUCAGUUAAAUUACUUGAAUUCCAUUUAGUUUGUUUUAUUUGGUGGGUGGCCCAACUCGUUGUUUUUCUUGAGAUAAAUCAAAUCAUUCACGAGAGAAAUCAUGUCAGGAAUUAUGUGGGACACUUGGCUGAAGGGAGUUGUAGUUUUCAUUAAGCAAACAUUCAACCUAGUUCAGCGCAAUAAUUUGGUAAUUAACUACAAUGACCAUAAUCCAUUACGCCUGUUUUUUCCAUCUUGGACCGAGAUGGAUACAAUUUACACCUGCUAUGUUAGGUUAGAUACACACAGGCUACAUGAGAGAGGAAUGUACACAACACGACUACGAGAGAGAUAGACAGUUCGUGAAAGUAUGCCUUAUCUACUUUGAAAAACAAGUACAGUUAUUUCAUCAGACAGCUCUGCAGCACGCUUAGGCAAGCUAGCCUAGCUAAAAAAGGAUGACUAGACAGUACAGUAUGGGAAGCACAGCGAAUGUUGUCUUGCUGCUACUGCCUGAGCAGAGAAUAGGACUUUAAACAAUGAAAAAUAAUGAAGUCAUCAAAUAAAAACGAAGUAAUAUACACAUCUGAAAUGUUUUAUUUCAUCGUCAUUUUCUUUUGAUGUCAUACCUAAUGUGGACCUGAUGGAGACAAUGGAAUAUUUUCAAUUUUUUAGCAAUUGAAUGUUAACAAUUUUUGGCUUUGGAAUUUCCAUUAAAAAGCUCUAAAAUAUUGUCAUUAUUUCAUAAUGCAUUUAAUGUUUAAAAAAUAAUUGAAAUCAAAAAACAUUUUGUUAAUAAUCAAACUGAACUGACCUCAAAAAUCACUAAUCGCGUAGCGCUAGUGUUAACAUUUUUCCAACCCCAUCCCCCAGUUUUUUUUCCCGAAACAAUGGUGGGGAGGACGCUUUGCUAUUGUUUCAACUGCUGAUUGCCGCUUCAAGCAUUGCAGAAGCAUUUCAAACCCAUUCUUUCGUAUUAUAACUUGCUCAACUCCCCCCAUAUUGCUCAACUCCCCCCAUACUCAAAGGUUAUAUGCUCUAUGCAGUAUAACCGUUUUGAUGUAUUAUAUUGUUGGAUAAUUAAAUGCAGAGAAUAUGCGUAGGGAAUGACCAUUGUGCAUGAAAAUCUCACUCAUCUGAUAUGUUUGUUACUGGGUCAAAAUGUACUGAGUAAUGGGUGUAUCUUCACCCUGAGUUCAAGGAUUUUGUAAGUGUCAAGGACUAUGUCCACGUGGUAUUUGAACUUAACAAGCAUAGAGAGAUUUGGUUUUGGAUGUUGAACAUAUUCAGAUCAAACUAUUUUCCAUUGCUUACCCACUGUUUUUAUGAAAACAAAAUCGUACAAACAGAAGCAUACCCACAACUCACUUGGUUUUACAAAAUGUCAAACAUAAUUUUAAUACAAUGCCUGCUAAACCAGGUGCCUUAAAAAAAAAAAUUGAAUCCAAAUGUGAUCUACACCCUUCAAAGUCUUGAUGUUUUGUAUGGAUACAAGAUUUACUAUCUUUCUGCCCACUAUGCCAAGAAUUCUGACAUUUACUCUGUCUGGUGUUUUAACAGUGAUCUCAUGUACAGAUGAAAAUUGAUGCUGCUUUGCCUCAGACAGUUUUCUCAUCAGUGGAAUGUAGUCUUCCUUCAAAGGAUUCAAUUCAAUAUAAGGAUAUGUUUAUACCCCAGAUUCCCAGUGUAACAUUGGGUGAGAGAGACUAUCCAAAGUGUGCUGCAAUCAUGAAUCAGAGGAAUUUGAACUUUUUUGUAUGGUUGUCCUUAUUUCUGUAAACCUUUUUAUUUCUUUUGUAUUUAUGCUCAAAAUCAGUAAAUUGUUGCACACGUUUGAAUUUUUUAAAUAUUUUUUUUUUGCCUUUUCUACUUAGACCUUACCUACUUGCCAUACUAUUUAUUUUAUAUUUCAUUUGAAAUAUUUCCUCUAGUUUACCUAUAGAAAUUAUUUUAGAUAGUCAUGAUACUGCAGCGAGCUAUAUGUUCUUGCUGAAUUACAUUUAUCAGACCCAGAGCAUUCACCAAUGGUGAUUGAUUUAGUUGAGUUUUCUAUAGAACCGCUAGAUCUGCUUUGCAAAAACUGUCAAUUUACCAACCUAUUGUGUCCCCUCAAAAAUGAUCAAAAUAAUUGUGCCUCUGGUCCUCAUUUUCUACUGUUCCACAAACGGCUGGGUUUCACUUUACCCGGAGCAGUGUCACAUAAAGAAGCAGAUGGGCUUUAGCAGCCGUUCUUCAAUGAACAAACAAGGUUUGAAACAGCAACUCUUAAUGACACAUGUUGAGGUUUGCAUUGUUCAACAUAGAUCUAUGUUAACCAUGGAGUUCCAGGAAACCUCGAUGGUAAUUACACAGGGGUAGGCGGCGUUUUAAACGGGGCAACGCCUGUAUAACGCUUAAAGCGAUGGUGAUGGGCAUCUGCACAAAUCCAGGUUCCUUGAUUUCGCCAGAUUGCUCCAAAGUGCCACCACACAGUUCUUUGUAACUUAAGAUUGAAGGGUGCACUAAUUGGAGAGUGAGUUUAAAACAAGACAAUGCAAACGGCUGAUAGGAGGCACCAUUCGCCAGCCAUGGUGCUGAAUCUCAAAGACAUACUUGAACUUCCUCAAGAGCUGCCACUCGGCCCCUGUUGCUGUGUUGGAACGCUGCCCGAGGGGUGUUGCAAAUCUUGACCAGUUCCCAGUGAACUUUGGACAGUGACUGACUGCUUUUUAAGACCUGCUGUAGCCACUGCAGUGUCGGUGUCAGUAAGGCCUUGUCCUCAGUAAUGGUGGUUGAUGACCGUGUUUUUAAAAAUGUAAUUGAAGUGGAUUGGCUGGUAGCUUUGAUAGGAUUUAUUAUUUUUUUGCUUCAGGAAAAGGCAUAGAGAUCGGUAAGGGUCACUAGGGCUGCUGGGCAGAGAUCUCUCAUCUCCACUGAAUUGUUUGAAUAUGUGUUCCUGCAUAGUACACAUGCAAACCAAUUCAAUGAUUUACCAAUUACAUUGAGAAAACAGAUAACCCUCUUUCAAAGCACCAUAAUACACAUCAUAUUCACACUGCAAUGAUUUACAUUUUCCUUCCAAACUUGCCAAAUUAUUUUUGGGGGAAAUCCAUACAACCCCCAAUGAGGACAAUUUUUAAAGAUCUCACCCAUUCUUAAAACUACACAAUUCAUGCCCUUGAUGUAAUGCUUCUGAUGUCGUAUGGUAUUUCAAUAGAUAAUGUAGCAUGGGAACUUUAAGUAGUUAGUACUGUGUGUGUACUCCCCAAGUGAAAAAUAUUUGUCACAGUAGGAAGGCUGUAUUUCAUUGCUAAGUGCUCUGUAAUGAAUCUCUUGGGUGAUACUCAUAAACAAAUCUGUAUCCUGCUGAAACUAACAGUGACUUGAUCCUAUUAGAAAUGUCUAUAUUUGUAGUUCACAUAUAUGCCUGUUCAAAUUCAAUAAUAUCUUGACAGUUGUUUAUAUUUAUGUUGUUUUAAAUGUUGUGCUGGGUUUAUACUUUUGUCGUUUGAUCUCUUGCUCUUAUUUUUGUUUCCGUUUUUUUUUUGAGGCACAAUUAGUUGGAGAACAGUUAUUGGAUAAUGAUCCUUGUAAAUGUACAGAUGUGAUGUAGGUUGGGUUCAGUUAUGAUUGAUUGGAAAAAUGUGUCUGCUUGUGUAAUUGUGCCUCUCCUUCAUUUAGUUUAGUUUUUUUAUCAUACUUUUUCUCACAGAAUUGUAUCAGCCAGGAGUUGGUACCACAGUUGUGGCUAGGUGGAGUACAGCUAUGGACUGAAGUGACUUUACGUAGCAGGUUAGGAGAAUUAAUGUAGCAGGUUAAGAGAAUUAGGUUAAGGUUAGGAAAAGGGUAAGGGUUAGCAAAAAUGCUACAGCUGACCCCGAUGCGACUCUUGGUCCGUAGCCGUACUCAAUCUAGCCACAACCCAAUUUUGCUUGUAACCAUGAUUCUAUUGUCGAUUUUAAUAUCAAAAUAAAAACAUUUGAAAACCA